GUCACGUGGUGUAAACACAGCAUCAACUGCAUGUGGUCAUUGUGGACACAACUUGCGACGACAGACUGAAGUGUAAAAAGUUAAAAACGAUAGUUUGUUUAUUGACAUAAUUAGGGCAGACAGUGUCAUGUCAACUCUACACACUUUACCCGUGUUACAUGUGCACACAGAUGACAGAAGUCACGAGGGCGAACCCAUCUCCCCAACGAGUUCGGCGAUUGCCCGUGGAAAAGCAUUGAAGAACGCCAUGUCGUUCGUUCGUUCUUCAAACCAAGGACCAGGCUCACCUGCUAGACCUAUGAUGAUGGAGCCAUGUAAAGUGGAGUGUAUCUGUAACAGGGAAAUGAAGACGGUCCUGUGUCGAUCCUGUGGAAUGACCUUCAAAGGUCGAGUGCGACGAAUCUGUUUGAUCCACCCCAACAACAUUCACCUGAUGGACCUGGAGUGCUGCCCUAAUUGUAAGGCUUCACACAUCAAGGAAUUCACAGAAACAAUGGCUGGAAAACGUAACAUAUGAAGUGACUACAUCAUGAUCAAGAAACUGUGCCAAAGACAUUGCAGCCAAAAUGUCAAAUUACUGUGUGUUUCAGACAUUGCAGCCAAAAUGUCAAAUUACUGUUGUGUUCAGACAUUGCUGCCAAAAUGUCAAAUUAUUGUGUUUCAGACAUUGCUGCCAAAAUGUCAAAUUACUGUGUUUCAGACAUUGCAGCCAAAGUGUCAAAUUACUGUGUGUUUCAGACAUUGCAGCCAAAAUGUCAAAUUACUGUGUGUUUCAGACAUUGCAGCCAAUGUGUCAAAUUACUGAGUGUUCAGACAUUGCAGCCAAAAUGUCAAAUAACUGUGUUUCAGACAUUGCAACCAAAGUGUCAAAUUAUUGCUGAGCUGAAGGUUCUAUAGCUCUGAUCCAGAGAAUCACUACAUAUUUAUAUAUAAUUAGGUCACCUGAGACUAAGGGACCACCUGUAAGGGGAUCGGUGAAGUGUUGGUGAUCUGUAAAGACUACAUGAU